AUGCCUUUCAUCCAACCUCCGGUCCCUCCUUUGCCCUCCGGCAUCGACCUGUCGGGCAAAACCGCAGUUGUUACCGGCGCGACGGCAGGCAUCGGGCUUGAGAUAUCUCUUCAGCUCCUCAAGUUUGGAGUAUCGAACCUGAUACUGGCAGUGAGGAAUGUCUCGAAAGGAGAGACCGUUCGACAAUCUCUCAUAUCUGACCCAGCCGUCGGCUCAACCAACCCCAAUGCCACCAUCAAGGUCAUGAAACUCGACACUGAGAACUACCCAAGCGUGCAAGACUUUGCGUCCUCUUUCAAAGCCCAAUUCACGGAUCUUCAUUUGCUCAUGCUCAAUGCUGGAAUUGGUACGCUGGGCCGCGAGUUCGCCAGCAACGGCCACGAGAAGAACAUUCAGGUCAACUACCUGUCCAACGUUCUUCUUACUCUCGCUCUACUUCCGACACUAGAGGAUACAGCUAGCAGGACUGGCCGUCCUACUCGAGUAACUUGGACAGGCAGCCGAGCACACAAGCAAACAAGCCUGAUUGCAAAGCUGCCUCUGACGAAGGAUGAAGGUCUUCUGAAGCACUUUGACGAAGCUGAGGGUAUCCCCACGUUUGCGAGAUACGGGGACAGCAAACUUUUGUGCGUGCUUUUCCAGAUGGAGCUGGCAAAGCACUACACUGCGAACAAGGUCAUCAUCAACAACUUUUGUCCUGGCAUGGUCAAUACAGGCAUGUCUGACGUGCUGCCAGUCUACCUCCGCAUCCCCAUGAACAUGGUGAAAGCGAUCAGGGCCAGGUCUCCCGAAAGGGCGGGGUGGAUAGCCUUGAAUGCUGGUGUAGUGGUUGGCUCGGAGUCACACGGGAGGUUCUUGGAAGACAUGUCGGUCGCUGAACCAUGCGAUUUUGUCAAGUCUGAGGAGGGCCAACGGGUCCAGAAGUUGCUGUGGAAUGAGACUCACGACGAGAUGGAAGGAUUAGUGGUUCUUCCUUCGUGGAUGAGUAGAGUGAUCUAA